AUGUCGAAAGUAAUAUUUUUGCCGGAACACGAGGAAAUUCUUAUUGAAUCCGUUCGGAAAAAUCCGAUUUUAUACGACAGCGCUGAUUCAAAGCACAAAGAUAUAAUUCUGAAAGAUGAGAUUUGGAAAGAUAUUGGCUUGAAAAUUGGUAAAUCUGGAGAUGAAUGUAAAAAACGGUGGAAAAACAUAAGGGAUACGUACAACCGAAACAAACGUAAAUUGGGCACAGGUUCAGCUAGAACAUCGAAAAAAAAAUGGCCUUUGGCAGCACAUAUUUCGUUUCUUGAUGGAGUAGAGUGUGAACGAAGUUCUUCUUCGAAUGCGACCAUGAUAGAUGAAAGUUUUUCACAUGAAGAAGAUGAAGAAUCAAUUGAAGCUAUACAAGAAGAAAAAACUGCAAACACGAAUGAAGGAUUCUCGAUGCUGGACAGCGUAUAA